AUGGCGCUCCUCGAGUUCAAGGCUCCGGUGAACUAUGAAACCCAGCAAGGGGCGUUUGAAGAGUUUCUCACCGGAUUCAAGACCUCUCCCGAGCACACAAUCGCCACUGCCAUCGGCGACAUCACCAUCGAUGAAGACGAUCUCAGUGAUGGAUAUGGCUCGAAUGACGAGAGCGAGGAGACGAGUCGUCGACGGCAGCAGGAAAAGGAGCGUCGACGGUCGCCCCACCACAAGUACAAGGACACGAUACAGCAGCUCGCAGACCGCGUCAUCGACGAGAUAACGAUUGACCUGGACGACUUGCAGAUGUGGGAAAACCAGAUGGAGGAGAAUCACCGGCUUGUCGAUUCCAUCGAGAUGAACACCAAGCACUACGUUGAGAUCAUGUCCAGAGCGGUGGAUAAAGUCAUGCCGCAAGCGAGUACGGAUGUUAGCUUCAAGGACGAUGUUCUCGAUGUCUUGAUGGCGCGCCGCCAAGCCCGAAACCGCGAGAUGCAAGAGGCGGCAGAACGGGACCCGACGGUGGAAGAAGACAAAUUCCCCGCAGAGCUCAUCCGUCGCUAUACCCUCGUCUUCAAGCCUCGAUCGGGCACCGCAAACGAGCCGACCAAAGCGCUCGCUGUCCGGCAGGUCCGCGGAGACCACCUUGGCAACCUCAUCACCAUUCGCGCCAUCGCCACGCGUGUGUCCGACGUCAAGCCCAUCGUCCAAGUCAGCGCCUACUCGUGCGACCGAUGCGGUUGCGAGAUCUUCCAGCCCGUCACCGAAAGGCAGUACGGCCCCCUGACGAUGUGUCCGUCGGAGGAUUGCAAGAAGAACCAGUCCAAAGGACAGCUGAACCCUUCCACUCGAGCUUCCAAGUUUCUACCUUUCCAGGAGGUCAAGGUCCAAGAGUUGGCCGAGCAGGUCCCCAUAGGACAAAUUCCCCGCUCCCUCACCGUCCUCUGCCACGGGACCCUCGUUCGCAAGAUCAAUCCAGGAGACGUCGUCGACAUAUCCGGCAUCUUUUUGCCUACACCCUACACGGGAUUCAAGGCCAUCAAGGCAGGUCUCCUGACUGAUACCUACCUCGAGGCCCACCAUAUCCGUCAACACAAGAAGGCGUACAGCGAGAUGAUGGUGGACCCGCGCCUCGUUCGACGCAUCGAUCAGUACCGACAGACCGGGCAGGUCUACGAGCUCUUGGCCAAGUCGAUCGCGCCCGAAAUCUUCGGCCACCUCGACGUCAAGAAGGCCCUGCUGCUCCUGCUCAUCGGCGGUGUCACGAAGGAGAUGGGCGACGGCAUGAAGAUCCGUGGCGACAUCAACAUUUGCCUCAUGGGUGACCCUGGUGUUGCCAAGUCUCAGCUGCUCAAGUACAUCUCCAAGGUUGCCCCUCGCGGCGUCUACACCUCGGGCCGCGGAAGCAGCGGCGUCGGUCUGACGGCAGCCGUCAUGCGCGACCCCGUGACCGACGAGAUGGUUUUGGAGGGCGGUGCCCUCGUCCUCGCCGACAAUGGCAUCUGCUGCAUCGAUGAAUUCGACAAGAUGGACGACAACGACAGGACCGCCAUUCACGAAGUGAUGGAGCAGCAGACCAUUUCCAUCUCCAAAGCCGGCAUCUCCACAACGCUCAACGCGCGCACCUCGAUCCUUGCCGCCGCCAACCCCAUCUACGGACGAUACAACCCCCGCAUCUCCCCCGUGGAAAACAUCAACCUUCCGGCCGCCCUUCUCUCUCGUUUCGACGUCCUCUUCCUUCUGCUCGACACCCCCUCGCGCGAGAGCGACGAGCAGCUCGCCAAGCAUGUUGCCUAUGUCCACAUGCAUAACCGCCACCCCGACAUCGGCACCGACAACGUCGUCUUCACGCCGCACGAAGUACGUUCGUACGUCGCCCAGGCCCGGACGUACCGGCCCGUCGUGCCCACAUCCGUCUCCGACUACAUGAUCAAGACGUACGUGCGCCUGCGAGACCAACAGAAGCGAGCGGAGAAGACCGGCAGGCAGUUCACUCACACCACACCUCGUACCCUCCUCGGCGUCGUCCGUCUCGCCCAAGCACUCGCCCGUCUCCGUUUCAGCAACCAGGUCUCGCAAGACGACGUGGACGAGGCGUUGCGCCUGAUCGAGGCGAGCAAGGAGAGCCUCAACACUGACACGGGCGGAAGCCACCGCAACCUCAACGCCAGCAGCAAGAUUUACAACAUGGUCAAGGCACUGGCCGAUUCGGGUGCCUGCCGCGCAGACGGUGCCGAGGAUGAUGACCUUGGCGUGGAGCUGAACAUGCGAAAGGUCAAGGAGCGCGUCAUCGCCAAGGGGUUCACCGAGGACCAAUGGUUGCUCGCCCUCGACGAGUACACUACCCUCGACGUCUGGCAAACUGCAGGCAACGGCUCGAGACUUGUGUUUGUCACGGCCGGUAACGACGACGGAGGGAGCGACAUGGAUGUGUAA